AACCAUUGGUGCGUGUUGGACGCUCCGCCCAUGGAGGCGGUAGCGUAAUAACAGAGUGAAGGAAAUCGUGUAAAGACUGGCAUCUGACAGCGCAGCAGUAAGCUACUAUAGCUACGUCCAAAGUGUUGUUUGCUAGAACUAUUUAUAUUUACUUGAAGUAGCCAACUGCUUCAGAUUGUUUCGAAUGGAGACCAGACAACAGGAUGAACGUGGUACCUUCAGGCGUUUGGAAAUUGCUGCCUAGGAUGAACCAGACUCUUGGCUGAUUUCUUUUGAUUUUCCCAUGAUGUCAAGCGAAGAGGCACUGAGUUUGAAGAAAGAGGACAAGGCCAUAUCAGGACAGGUCUGUUGGACCCAGAGCCUGUAACAGAAGUAGAUGAAGAGAUGGUGUCAGAUGUGGACCUCAACAACACUCUGACUGAAGAGAGGGAGGAAAUAUUGAGUGAACUCACAAAGUUAGAGGAAGACAUCUCCACCCUUAGGCAAGUGUUGGCCUCCAAAGAGAAACACCACUCAGAGCUCAAAGCCAAACUGGGUAUAACACCACUCAUUGAGUUCAAACAGAACUUCAACAGGAGCUGGUAUGACAUGCAGACUUCCACUGCGUACAAAAAGACAUCGGAGACGUUGAGCACGGCAGGUCAGAAAACGUCAGCAGCGUUCACCACACUGGGAACAGCCAUCAGCAGGAAGUUUGGGGAUAUGAGGAACUCGCCCAGUUUCAAGUCCUUUGAGGAGAAGGUUGAAUGCACCGUUUCCAACAUAAAGCAGACCAAGGUGGGAAGCCAAGGGCGUGGAGGGAGUUUUGAGGAGGUGUUGUCUUCAGCCGCUCACGCCAGUGCCCAAGAAACCCCCAGCAACAACAUGUCCGAGAGCAGUGAUCAUGAGAGGACCUGCUAGACCAGUCUGAACCACUCAACUACCUCCCCAGACCAGGAUUAGCACUCUACUGCCCCUCACUGGCCCAGAGGCCACAUUACCUGAUGUGGAGUGCAUUACAUAGGCCUAUCUAACCAAAGCCCCAUCAGUACCAACACACAUGUAUAUUAUCUACCUGCUACUUAGCUUUAUAUGUGUUUCCAUACAACAUCAAAAAGAAAGAUUGUGAUACUGUAAAUUACUCCUGUCCUUUAUUUCAUUUCUAUGAUUACAACUAUUAGCUUUUUGUAUUAAAAUGAAUGUCGCAUUUAUAUCAAAUGUAUUUGAAAAACAAAAAAUAGUGACACAUUUCUUCCCAAUUCUAAAAUGAGACUUUAAAAAAAUGUUAUUAGUAUUAGGGCUCUAUUCAAUCCAUAUUGUGGAAGUUUUAAAUGCAGUGUUCGUGCAUUCACGGUAAAUGCUGCAUAUGUUAGCUCAAUCGGAAAUGUACCUUUUCUAUUUUGCAAUCUGUACAGCUUCAGCAAUACACAUUGAAUAGAGCCCCUACUUCCAAGAGUGGACAGUCAUAUAACACUAUUGGGGGGAGGGAGUUGUAUUUGAUACUUGAAAUUGCAUGUGCUGGGUUUGUGGGCCAAUACUGUUAAUGGGGACCAAGAUAAGGCCUUGUGCUGGAAUCUACUGAAUACACUGUCACACCUUUCGAAUCAUAUUAAUAUCUCAUUUAUUCCAACUGUGCCCCGUUUGCACAUGAGCCUUGAUCGGGGACAGAAUGACCAUCCAGUAUAUGUAUAUGAUACACAAUUUAUGCUUAUUAUAGAUCACAGCUGUCAAGCUGACACCCUGUGGGAUUAAACGUUUAUUUUUAAAUGUG